UUCUAAAUAUUUGUGCUGUUGAAAAAUGCAAGGCAUGCAAACAUGUGACAUGUGACAGCCAACAUGUGACAGCGAACAUGUGACCGCCAACAACCUGGAUGGCUUUAAGAAGAGUUUGGAUAACUUCAUGGAGAAGAGGUCUGUCAGCGGCUACUAGUCAGAGGGCUGUGGGCCACCUCCAGCCUCAAAAGCAGGAUGCCUCUGAGUACCAGUUGCAGAGAAGUAACAGCAGGAGACAGGGCACGCCCUCAACUCCUGCCUGUGGCUUCCAGCGGCAUCUGGAGGGCCACUGUGUGAAACAGGAUGCUGGACUAGAUGGGCCUUGGGCCUGAUCCAGCAGGGCUGUUAUGUUCUUAUUUUCUUAAACGCAUUCUGUUGGAUGAUGUAAAAAUGGUGGAUAAUAAUGAGAAAAGAAAGUGACUGUCCAAACUCCUCUAGGACACCAUUCUCUGAUAAGUGUCCCCAUAUAUCCUCCUCCUGCCAGAGAGGCCUCCCCCCUCCCCCCCACUGGUACUCCUCACAGAGCCUUUACCAAGGUAUAUCCUCUGCAAUAGAACCGAUAAACCCCCAAUUCCAAUAAUUCCACUCUAUGGAGGCUCUUAAAUGUUAUGGACUGUGACUUCAAACAAUAAAGUGUGUUUGUGCACAGAAAAAUGAAAUGCACAGGUGUGUAUUGUAGCAGCAUAUUCUGUGUGCAUGAAUUGCACUGGCAACAUGGUGCAUUUCUUAAUUUUCCUUUUAGAAGCCCUGAUGCAAUGUCUGAAUGGGGCUAAAGAAUGCAUGCCGAAUAAGGUGGGCAGCAAAAGAGGCGUCUCUUAUGGGAGGUGAUUCAAAGGAGGGCAGAGAGAGUGAGUGGAAGGGGAGUUGUGGAUGGGGUUGGGUCAGUGGAAGGUUGUAGGGAUGUGCAAACUGGCUUGAGCAGAACCCCGCUGGCCUGGAUCGGAGCCAGUUCAGGGGUUCUGUGCUUUAAAAAAAUAUUAUCUUUAGAGCUCUCCCAAGGCCACAAACAUGGCCAGGGUGCAUGCGGGGUGGCCUCCAAAAUGGCUGCCACCACCGGAGGAAGGACUGGAAUGCCCCCCAAAUGGGCCGAAACAGCCUUUGAAGAGUGGGGGGAGGGGAGAUGGCAGACACCCUGCUGCUGCUGCUGCACCCCCGGACCCAGAGUGAGAAGUCCCAGUCGCUAGCUGGAAUGAUUCGCUUUUGCCUCUGAAAUUCCUUGCCAAAAAGUGUCGUCAUUUGCACAUAGAAUAACGUCUUGGUUUAACAUCCUCCCAUUUGAUUGGCUCCUGCCUGAAGAUGGAGGCUAUGGAAGAGAAUGACUCAGGUGGACCACAAGCAGAAAGCAGCCCUGAUGUAGCUGAGGUUAGGAGCACAGAAGGAGGAUUUGUCCAGAAAAGCCUAUGUGCCGACAACACUGGCUCAGAUGGAAAGCGUCAACGCUUCAGACAGUUCUGCUACCUGGAGGCCAAGGGCCCCCGAGAGGUUUGCAGCCAACUCCACAGCCUUUGCCAUCAGUGGCUGAAGCCAGAAAGACAUACGAAAGCUCAGAUGCUGGACCUGGUGAUCCUGGAGCAGUUCCUGAGCAUCUUGCCCCCAGAGAUGGAGAGCUGGGUGCGAGAAUGUGGAGCAGAGACCAGUUCCCAGGCAGUGGCCCUGGCUGAAGGUUUCCUCUUGAGCCAGGCAGAGGACAAGAAGCAGGGAGAGGAACAGGUGGGGGGUCAGGUAGCAGAAGUGGCUGUUGACCUCUCAGAGGCAGAGAAGUCUCUACUGGAUACUGGAGAAAAGCCACCCUUCAGGUGGAUGGUGCAGGAGGGUGACCGAGGUGCCAGCUUGCUGGGCACUGGAACGCCCCUGGGACCUCAUUCCAGGCCUUCUCCUCUCAAUGGCGGAACGGAUUUUGUUGCCACACCAUCACUAGAACAGGGUUGGGUGAUGUUGGAAGAGGAAGAGGUGGCUGUGUACUUCACGAAGGAGGAGUGGGCUCUGCUGGAUCCUGCCCAAAGGGCUCUGCACAAGGAAGUCAUGGAAGAGAAUUCUGGGCAUAUGUCCGCCUUGGAACAAUUUUUGAUUUCCAAACCUGACCUUGCUUCCUGGCUGGAGAAAGAGGAAGGACCACUUGAUGCUUCCGAAGCUUCCAAAGAAGGAGAGAGAUGUGCAGGUAGCUCACAAGUUGUGGGUUCCGAAGAAGGAGAGAGAUGUGCAGGUGAUGAGAGAGAGAGUGAAAUGCAGUGGAGAAAACGUGAAGGAAAUCUGAAGUGCAGAGAGAAAUCCGUUGUUUCCAAAAUAUCUGGCAUGCAUGAAAUUCCUAUCCUGAAAGAAAGUGACAGUGGAAACAGAAGGAAUAAGAUCCCUCUGCAUGCAAAAAUAUUAACUUCUAAACCAAACAAUCGCAUGAAUCAAAGAAUCCAUGCAGGACACAAGCCAUUUAAAUGCUCAGAAUGUGGAAAGAGUUUCAAGCAGAGCACAGAUUUUACUAAUCAUCAAAAAACCCACGCAGGGGUGAAACCAUAUCAGUGUUCAGUGUGUGGAAAGAGCUUCAGGCAGAGUGGACGCCUUACACAACAUGAAAUAAUCCACACAGAUGAGAAACUAUAUCAGUGCUCAGUGUGUGGAAGGAGCUUCAGCCGAAGUGCACAACUUGUGGUGCAUCAAAGAAUCCACACUUGGGUGAAACCGUAUCCGUGCUCAGUGUGUGGAAAGAGCUUCAGCCUGCAUGAAAACCUUACACAACAUAAAAGAAUCCACACAGAGGAGAAAACAUAUCAGUGCUCAGUGUGUGGAAGGAGCUUCAGCCGAAGUGCACAUCUUGUGGCUCAUCAAAGAAUCCACACAGGGGUGAAACCAUAUCAGUGCUCAUUGUGUGGAAAGAGCUUCAACCUACGUGAAAACCUUAUACGACAUCAAAGAAUCCACACAGGGGUGAAACCAUAUCAGUGCUCCGUGUGUGGAAAGCGCUUCAGCUGGAGCGCAAAUCUUGCUGUUCAUCAAAGAAUCCAUACAGGGGAGAAACCAUAUCACUGCUCAGUGUGUGGAAAGAGCUUCAACCAGAACACACAUCUUGCUGUGCAUCAAAGAAACCACACAGGAGUGAAACCACAUCAGUGCUCAGUGUGUGGAAAAAGCUUCACCCAGAGCACAAGUCUUGUUGUACAUCAAAGAAUCCACACAGGUGUGAAACCGUAUCAGUGCUCAGUGUGUGGAAAGAGCUUCAGCUGGAGGUCAGGCUUUACACGACAUAAAACAAUCCACACAGAGGCAAAACCAUAUCAGUGUUCAGAGUGUGGAAAGAGCUUCAGUGAGCGCACAAAUCUUGCUGGGCAUCAAAGAAUCCACACAGGAGUAAAACCCUAUCAGUGUUCAGUGUGUGGAAAGAGCUUCAGUUGGAGCUCAAGCCUCACACGGCAUCAAAUAAUCCACACAGAGGAGAAACCUUAUCUGUGUUCAGUGUGUGGAAAGAGCUUCAACCAGAGUGCAAAUCUUGCUGUGCAUCAAAGAAUCCACACAAGGUAAAAGCAUAUCUGCUCAGUGUGUGGAAAGAGCUUCAACCAGAGCACAAAUCUUGCUGUGAAUUAAAGAAUCCACUUGAGGUGACACCAUAUCAGUGCUCAGUGUGUGAAAGGAGUUUCAAUGAGAGUACACAGCUUGUUAUUUAUUUAUUUAUCUAUCUAUCACAUUUGUACACCACCCCAAACUUUUGUCUCUGGGUGGUUAACAAUAGCAUAAAAAGUUAAAAACAUAUACAAAAACUAAAAACAAUUUAACAAAUUAAAAAUAAACCAGAAAUUAAAACCUAAAAAUUUAGGAAGCUAAGAAAGCUUGGGGGGAAAGAUGGGUUUUCAAGUGUUUUUUGAAAAUUGCCAGAGAUGGGGAGGACGUGCCAGUGUCAUGAGUGACUUUAUAUCUCUGACAUUUCUCUCACGGGUUCACUCUUUUGACGUACAUAAUAGAUCAGAGAGUGACCAUCUGCCCUUCACAAUGACCUUUUCUGCAUGCACUACACCCCGCUCUGUAAUGUGAAAUUAAUUCAGGGGUAUUACCCAAGAUAAAUGAUAACCUCAAAUGGGAGUAUUGUUCUUAAUGAGAAGAUCACAACCCUGUUACAUUCUCAGCAGAUGCGGAAAUGGAGAUGACUUGCAAUACUAUCUAGUCCAGACAUCUUUUGAUAUCCCCCCCUUAAAUUAUGUCUAUAAUAAACCCACUAUAUAAUAUAACAUCUAUAAUAAACCCCCAUCUUCCCCCUUUAAAUGCUAACUUGGUAAAGAGGCACAUUUUAACGUGGUGAUUCUCUAUUUAGCAGGGGGAGAGUAACUGGCCCUAUUCACCUCCAGCAUAGUACUUCCAGUGACUGCUGCUGGUGUCUAUCUUAUGUUUCUUUUUAGAUUGUGAGCCCUUUGGGGACAGGGUUCCAUCUUAUUUAUUUGUAAUUUCUCUGUGUAAACCACCCUGAGCCAUUUUUGGAAGGGCAGUAUAGAAAUCGAAUGAAUGAAUGAAUGGAUAAAUAAAUAAAU